AUGCUGGGCCUUGCCGCGCUCGCCGCCGCGGGCGUGACGCUCCUCGGCUCCCUCGUCGCUCCUUCUUCCGCCGCCGCCGCGCCGGCGCUCCCCUCGUUCGCUUCCAUCGAGACCCUCUUCAGUUUCGGUGACUCGUACAGCACUGUGGGCUACAAGCCACAGGACGGCCUCUUGCCCCUUCCCGGCGUCGGCGGGACGACCUCGGGUGGUUACAACUGGGUCCAGUUCCUCGCGUUUAUGCAGAACGCGUCCUACUUCGACUUUGCGCAGUCGGCGGCGACCGUCAACAACUCGAUCAUCCACAUCAACCGCGGCGAGACGCCGCCGAGCUUCGACAUCCAGCUCGCGACGUUCGAGGAGUACUUUGCCGGCGCCGAGCCCGAGAUCCCGUGGACGAGCGACAAGUCGCUUUUCACUGUCUUCUUCGGCAUCAACGACAUCGGCUUCACCGUCCUCCAGGACUCGCACAACGCGAGCGAGAUCGUGCCCAAGAUCGUCCAGUCGUACGAGGCGAGCGUCUCGCAGCUGUACGACCGAGGAGCUCGCAAGUUUCUCCUCAUCCUCAUGCCGCCGACGUACCGCACGCCCUACAUCAAGAGCUUUGGUGCCGAGACGGUGGCCAAGUUCAACACGACGAUCGACCUGUACGUCUCGACCCUGACGACCGCCGUCGCCGACCUCUCGACUAGGUACCCGGACGCCUCCUUCGUCACGUAUGACACGGCGCCCAUGUUCAACGCGAUCCUCGACGAUGCAGCGGCGUACGGCUUCAGUAUCUCGUCCACCUCGUGCUGGGCGUACUGGAACAAGCACGACCCGGAGCUCGAUCUUCCGUCGUGCGAGGCUCCGCUGGCCGAGUACGCCUGGGCCGACGACUAUCACCCGACGUGGGGUGUCCACAAGCUCGUCGCCGAGGACAUUGCCAAGACCCUGACCGGCUCGGUCCCGUCGAUCGUCGCUGCGCCGCCGGACGGUCGCACCAUCUCUCGCCGUGCGGCGCAGCCGGCGCGCAAGGCGAUCCGUCGCCGUCGGCCGGGGCACGGCAGCGCGCGCGGCAGUGGCGCGAGCGCACACGACGAGGCGGCGCACGCGCUCAUGCGCGAGCGGAUGCGCAGGAGCUGGGCCGGGCUGGCCAUGGCCGGCGAGGACUGAGCGUGGCUCGAGCAAGCGGGGACGAGGAGCGAGGAGAAGGGAUAUCUGGUCGGCUGGGCCGCUGUAGCACGUACUCUGACUCCUCCUGUAUCUACCGUGUCAUUUG